GAAUUUCAAUCAAGUCCAUAAUUAUUAUAGCUAUAGUAAUUAGUCUCUUUUAUUUUCUCACUUAGCUCUAAAGUCUAAACUCUCUCCCCCCCCCCUCCCAUAAUCAUGGAAUCACAAAUAUCUUGAAGUUAGAUUUCUCUCCCUCUCUCAUUCAAUAUUGAAUCAGCUCCGGCCUGGCACUGCCCAUGGCUACCGCUUUCUCAGACAUCGGAAUUAUUAACCAUGGAUUGUUGAAGUUGAAAGGGUCUUCUAUUGUUGUUGGAUCAUCAAGCUGCAGCUUCAUCAAUGGCAGUGGCAGUAGAAGUAGUAGUAGAAAUAGGUUGAAGAAAAGUGGGUCUAGAUUUGUGAGCAACGUUGGAAGGGGAUCCUCAAACGUGUUAAAGGUGGUGGCGGCAGAAGUGGGUGCUGACUCGAAAAAGCAAAGAGACGGCGGCGGAGACAGAUGGAAGGGGCUAAUCUCGGACACCUCAGAUGACCAACAAGACAUCACGAGAGGAAAGGGUCUGGUUGAUUCAGUGUUUCAAGCCCCAAUGGGAACCGGUACUCACCAUGCUGUCAUGGCUUCUCACGAAUACAUCAGCCAAGGACUUCGCUCGUAUGCCUACGAUAACAACAUGGACGGUUUCUACAUAGCUCCCGCUUUCAUGGACAAGAUUCUGGUACACAUCACCAAGAACUUCAUGAACUUGCCAAAGAUUAAGGUUCCUCUGAUUUUGGGUAUUUGGGGAGGAAAGGGUCAAGGGAAAUCUUUUCAGUGCGAGCUCGUGUUUGCCAAGAUGGGUAUAAACCCAAUCAUGAUGAGUGCCGGGGAGUUGGAAAGUGGGAAUGCAGGAGAACCGGCGAAGUUACUGAGACAGAGAUAUCGUGAAGCGGCGGACAUAAUAAGGAAGAAGGGUAAAAUGUGUUGUCUAUUCAUCAACGAUCUUGAUGCAGGUGCAGGUCGGUUAGGAAACACGACCCAAUACACAGUCAACAACCAGAUGGUGAAUGCUACUCUUAUGAACAUAGCCGACAAUCCGACGAAUGUUCAGCUCCCUGGAAUGUACAAUAAAGAAGACAACGCCCGCGUUCCCAUAAUCGUGACUGGAAACGACUUCUCAACUCUGUACGCUCCUCUGAUUCGAGACGGGCGUAUGGAGAAAUUCUAUUGGGCUCCUACCCGGGACGAUCAAAUAGGUGUUUGCACUGGUAUCUUCAGUCCCGAUAAUGUUCCUAAACAAGAUAUUGUCAAGCUUGUCGAUACCUUCCCUGGCCAAUCCAUAGAUUUCUUUGGAGCGUUGAGGGCAAGAGUGUACGAUGAUGAGGUGAGAAAAUGGAUAGCUGGAAUCGGAGUGGAGAUGGUGGGAAAGAAGUUGGUGAAUUCAAGGGAAGGUCCACCGAUAUUCAACAAGCCUAAGAUGACACUUGAAAAGCUACUGGAGUAUGGUUUGAUGCUUGUCCAAGAACAAGACAAUGUCAAACGGGUUCAGCUCGCCGACAAGUACCUCAGUGAAGCUUCUCUUGGGGAUGCCAAUGCCGAUUCCAUUCGAACAGGAUCAUUCUACGGUAAGGCUGCUCAACAAAUCAAUGUUCCAGUGCCCCCAGGGUGUACGGAUUCUACUGCAGACAACUUCAAUCCAACGGCUAGAAGUGACGACGGGACCUGUUCUUACAAUCUCUAGCUAGCUAGACCUUUGUAUUAUUUUCAAACGGAAAUAUACACAUGUAUUUCUUCUAAACAAAAUUAUUACUCAUCUUGAUCUACUUGUAAACAACACAAACAGUUCUUAAUUUAGCUAAAACACGCCAUCAAAUCAA